AUGGCGAGAAAGCCGCAUUUCACUCGGAAUAGCGGUGGCCUGGAGCUGGUCGAGCAGCUUCUCCAGGACCCGAAGCUGUCCCAGAACAAGCUGGCCAAGGAGGGUCUGGGGGACAUGAAGCUGCUGUUUGAGUACCUGACCCUGUUUGGCAUCACGGGGAAGAUCUCAUUUGACCUGAGCCUGGCACGAGGCCUGGACUACUACACAGGGGUGAUCUUUGAGGCUGUCCUGCUGCAGCAGCAGAACGACCACGUGGAAGACCCAGUCAGCGUUGGGAGCGUGGCCGGAGGUGGUCGUUACGAUGGUCUGGUGGGGAUGUUUGAUCCCAAGGGACGGAAGGUGCCCUGUGUGGGGGUCAGCAUAGGGAUCGAGCGGAUCUUCUCCAUCCUAGAGCAGAGAGUGAAGGCUUCUGGGGAGAAAGUUCGAACGACUGAGACACAAGUGCUGGUGGCUACACCGCAGAAACACUUACUCAGUGCAAGACUGAAGCUAAUCUCUGAGCUAUGGGAUGCAGGGAUCAAGGCAGAAAUACUGUACAAGAAGGAUCCUAAAUUGCUGAAACAGCUGCAGUAUUGCGAGGACAUGGGGAUCCCUCUUGCUGCCAUUAUAGGAGAGCAGGAACUGUCAGAUGGAGUUGUCAAGCUGCGAGAUAUUGCAACAAGAGAAGAGGUUGAUAUCCCAAGAGAAGGGCUUGCCGAUGAGAUCCGAAGAAGGCUGGAGCCCUAGCAUCGUUCUGUCCCGAGCUGCUUGACCGAACCGCUGCACACCUGGAAACCCCAGUGCCCGCUGAUUCCUGCUGAG